CUCUCUCUUCUGUGUCUGGUAUUAGGGUUUAGUGGGGGAAUGGAUGGAUGAUUUAUUAAUUAAUUAAUUAAUUUUCUCCCAAAAAACAAGCAACGAAACGAAACCCACUUUCAUUAACUAUCACUCUCUUUCUUCUUCUUCACCUUCCUGUGAAGAGUGAAGAAGACCCUAUUUAAUUUCCCAUUCUCCAUUCUUUUCUUUCAUUUACUCUCCCUCCCUCCCACUCCCUAUUACUAAUAAUGGCUGACAUCCUCAAUAACAAUAACAACAACAACCAAGGACCUGCUUUCUGGCUUCCGCCGGACUUCCUCUCCGACGAAGACGAUGCCGACGACUUUCUCAUCCCCACCGCCGCCCCCGAAGACACAUUUCUACACCACUCCUACUUUUCUUCUUUCCCCCAAAAACCUCCUUUUAAUUACUCAUCCCCCUCUCCUCCUCCUCCUCCUCAUCAUCAGCAGAUCAUGGACACCACCGACCGUCUUUUCAUUGCCGCCGCCGCCUUAUCUUCUACUUAUUUUCCAUGUUGCCCUUCCAAAAAGCAACAGCUGAUUUCGCCUCUACCAGGAAUCAUCGGUGGUACCACCGGACGAAUUUUCAAGACUCCAAAUGGCUUUCUCUUUCCUCACCGCCCUUCACCGCCUCCAAAGAAUCCUCCUCCUCCUCCUCUCGUUGCUGCCCUCUACGCUGCUGACUAUAAUAAGGGUUUGCCGCUAAAACACAACAUCUCUCCCAUAAAGACUAACAACAGAGAUGUUUACUGUUCACAGCAAAAGUUCAUGCUCCAGAACAACAGACAAGGAAACAGAGUAAUCGGUUAUGGCGGUUCUGAGACAACAGUGGCUUCUCCUCCACACUCCUCUGCUGCUGCAUGGCCUCCCCUGUCUCAGCAACGGCUAAAUCCGCCUCCUCCUCUCAACGAUGGAUCUCAUCAAGUGAAGAGAAAGUGCGCCGGAACCGGCGUGUUUUUGCCCCGACGAUACGGAACCCCUCUUUCAGAUUUUCAAAAUAAACCAGAUUUGGCGAUUCCUUCGGAUCAGGUACCGAUGAGGAAGAAUCCUGUUCUCUUUGAGAGCCCUUUCAUCCAAAAUCUAGAUGCAGCAGCCAUGGCAGCAAGAAAUAGGAAGGUGCAGUUGAUGAAUCCACAGCAGAGACUAAGUUUCGGGACAGAUGAAUUGUGUCUUCCUCAAGAAUGGGCUUACUGAAAUUUCUAUAUUCUCUUUUGUUUGACUGCCAUUUAAUCGGUUUCAGAUGAAGAAGAAGAUGAAGAAGAGUUUUGCAAUUAAUAAUAUUAAUAAUAAUAGUUAGUUAAAUCCAGGUUUAGGUCUUUUUCUUUUUGUUGAUUUUGUAUGGAAAGGAAAGGAAAUAUAAGUUAGUAUGGUUUUGUUAUAAGUAAUAAAUUUAAAUAAAACUCUAAAUUUCUUUACUCCA